CCAGUAAUCGUGAAAAGUGCUCAUCAAUCUCGCCUUCAAAGCGAAAGGAAUGUCUUGAUGCGCUUUCAACGCCAUGCCCCUUUCAUACGACCACUUAUUAAUGAGAUCCUGGAGCCGUCCGAUCCACUAGCAAGGGUGCUAAAACAUCUAGAUGUGAAAUAUGUCGCAAGACGAAUCUUGGAAGCACUGGCGGUCAUACAUGAUUAUGACUAUGUGCAUACAUAUUAAUCCCAAUGGUCCCGACAUUAAUAAUUGUUCAUUGUUCUAGCCUGACCGCUUAUGAAUAGAUAUUCCUCGAUGCUUACACAGUCAAUAGCUGCCUAGCAAGGGCCGCACAUUCAGUCAUCAUGCCAUGGACCAGACCUACUCCAUAUCAAACGCCGAUUCUAUACUCAAGCAGCCAUGAAAAACUUCCACGUGGCAUCUGGAGCCAGCGGAUUACCAACACCAAGAGGUGCAGCAUCAUGCCCACCAUCAUAAGCAAUAAACGAAACAGGCUUAGAGCACCCCUGAAAAUCCGUUCGGACCGAACUGUGACUCCCAGAUCCGGGCCUACCAACGUACGCAGGCUGGCACCCGUUAUUCGCAACAAACUUAUU